AGUACGCCUUGGUCUUCUCAGUGACGGUAUACUCUCCUUAGUGCUCCAACUAAAAUCCACUGCGAUAUGUUGCCAUACUUCUACAAAGUUUUCUUCUCCUCUGUCAUACUGGUGUGUUUUAUUACUGUUUCAGUGUUGGCAGAUAAUUCUGAACAACAGAAAGACACAGAUGUUGGGGAAAUCACGAUACCUCUACAAAGUUUCAAAAGUGUAUUCGACAGUUUAUUGAGACCAUCGUACUCAAUGGAUGAGAGCAGAGGCUGGAAGAAGAUGGCAAUGCCGUUUCUGCUGGGAGUGACACUGAAAAUGACCACUCUGAUUCCGAUGGUGACUUCGCUGAUGACUAUAAUCGGCGGUGUGGCACUGCUCUCCAGCAAGCUGGCUCUGCUCAUCUCACUAGGCCUGGCUCUGCAUUACUACAUUAUUGCCAAGCAGCAUCAAUUACACAGUCAGGCGCAUCUGCAGGGAUUGGCCUAUGAUCACGGCGCUCACCCUGCCAGCGCCUACCCGUUGCCGGUCACUCACAGGUUCAGUGUUCAGGCGUGACCAGAGCUCGACUCCGCCUGUGGACAAUAAUGUUAGGCCAUCUAUGCAUGUCACACAUUUAUUCCUGAACUGAUUUCUCGCAGUCUGGCUGCAUGUUUUUCAAUUCCAUAAAACGAAAUCUUAAUGUACGGACAGUGUUAAAAAGAAUUGCUGUUCAUAAAAUGGAAUAUGAUUAUUUAUGUAUAGUGAUGAACAAAUAAACAUUGAGGUUCAUUGGAGAAACAUGAGGUAAUUAAAUUGAAUUUGAAAAAGUAUAUGUUCGAAAUCUUCAAAUAGGAAUUUACGUAGGUCCCAAAUUUUUAAAUUUAGGUGAGUUAAUGUUCUUAUUCAACCCGUUUUCUACUAAUCCCGAAAGUCAUUGCUAUGCAAUCAAACAAUGAAAUGAGAAAAUUCUUCAUUAGGCGGAGUUGGGACUAAGUCCUAUUAAGUGCUAUAAGAAUAUUGUAAACUGUUAUUGUUAGUGUGUUCAAAUUUUCUCCAAUAUGAUAUUAAUUCCAUGAUUUCAUAUAGGUUCCAUGUUCAAGAGCUUUAUUCAUCGAAGGAAAUUUUGAAUCUGAGAAUGAAUUUGAGAGUUAUUGUUGAAUCUUUUCAUAGAUGAUUCAUUCCAAAAAAAACCUUGUAUUGAGUUUAAAAGGAAAUUUUAUUGGAGGGAAAUCAUAAUAAAAUACAGUUUAUACUUGGGAAUAAUAGAUUUGAUAAACGUGCUCAAUUUCAUCAAGUUUCAACCAAUCCAUAGUUUUGAUCAACAUAGCUCAUAACUAUGAUGUCAUAGAUCAUAGAAUGAUUCAUAUUUCUUGGUCAACUCCCAAUAAAUAUAGUAUUAUUUCAUUCCAUUUCGUUUGACUCUAUUCACCCCGUCGGCCUCCUGUAUUGUGUUAAUACCUGAUGGUUUAUGCAACAUCAUCACUGUUCAUUUGUUACUAAACAUAAUGAUGAUCAGACCUGUGAUAUCGAUUCCUGAGGGAUUAUAAGCCCCAAUCUUAUACAUUAAUAUUAUUCAUUUAUUUAUUCAUCGAGCUUUGUAAAUAGUUAUUUAUUGAUUCAUGAUGUUUAAAUAUUGUAUGUUACUUGUAGAAUGAAAACAAACCUAUUUUGAAAUCAUAAUUAUUGUUUCAUUUUCAGAAUAAAUUGAAGAAAUUUAU